AUGGAACAAUUCAUUAGUUUAACUGUUAUCUGUCUUACGAUACUUGUAUAUUAUUCUUAUCCUAGCCAACAAAACAAUAUUAUUGCUUAUAAUAUUCCUGAUCCAGAAUGUACUGGUGUUUUUAAUCUUUGUACUGAUGCUGAUAAAGAACGACUUGGUCGUCAAGCAAUUGGUGCAAUACAUGAACAAAUGGAUGAUGAUAAAGAUGGAUUAAUUGAAUCAUCGGAAAGGGCUGAUUUUAUUAAAGAAGAACUUGAAUCAAAAACAGAUGCUAUACGAUAUAAACAAUUUCAAAAUGUAAAUAUACAUAUUACACUUGAUGAUUUAUGGACACAAUGGCAAAAUAAUCCAGUUUAUAAUUGGACUACAGAUAAUGUAGUCGAUUGGCUUGUAAAUUAUGCUCAUUUACCACAAUAUGUUGAAAAUUUUCGUCGUAACCAAUUUGAUGGUCGAAUGAUACCAAGACUAGCAGCUAAUGAGAAAAUGUACAUUUCAUCUAUAAUGCAUAUUAGAGAUGUACGCGACAAACGACGACUUAUCAUCAAAGCAACCGAUGUUGUUCUAUUUGGCCCUCCACAACCAACUCAUAAUUUACUCAAAGACAUGAUUUUAAUAUCAGCAUUAUUUGUUUCUAUUGGCGGUUGUAUAUAUGCAUUUCUUCGUCAACGGCAAACACAAGAAAAUAUGAAUAUAGUAUUGCAGGAAUUAGAAACAUUACAACAAGCUGAAGGAAAUUUAUUAGCUGUAACUGAAAAAAUGCGAAUAAGAGAUAGUACAUCAAAAGAAAAUAAAUCUCAAACUAAUCAAAAUUUAUUUCGUAAAUGGCUUCUUGAAGUCGAACAAACUAAAGAAGAAGCUGAUCGAUUUCGUAAACGUCGUGAUUCUGCUAUUGAUCAUGAAAAACAAUUGAGUCUUGCUUUACAAGAAAUUGAACAAUUACAACUUGCAUUACGUAAAGCAGAAGAACAUGCUCAACAUCAAUCCUAUGAACCACCAAAUGAAUUAUUUGAAUUAUUGAGACGUACUUAUCAUAAUGAAGAAGCAGCUUUUGAAGUUAAACGAAAAUUAGCUGAAACUGCUUUAAUUACAGCGAAAGAACAAAUGAAUAAAAUAUCUAAAAUGCAAAAAGGUUUUUUUGGCGCUGUACGUAUUGCGCAUACAAAUUGUAUAGAUAAUGUUGGCGAAUUAAUCAAUGCAGCAAAAGAUCGAUUGAUCGUUAUUCAUGAUGAAUAUGAAGAACGUGAACAACGUUGGAAUAGAAUUGCAACAUUACUUAAUCGAGAUGAUUUAAACUCUUUCGGAUCAUCAACACCAACUCCUGUUGUAUAUCGUGGUAAAGAUUCACCUCGACUUCGGACUUAA